AUGGCAGACUUUGUGCAGUUAAAAUUGCCGCAACCAAGACUGCAUGUGGGAUUGAUCAAAUACAUAUUUCGUCAUUGGACGAUACUUCCCAGCAUUUCAAAGCUGAUGUAUCUCAAGAGAUCUUCACAAAUUUGCACUAUAGACUUGCUGAAGUUUAUAGGGACGCGCAUAGAAACCACGAAUCAUCAGACUAAUUUGCUUGUUGACUCGCCAAAUGGAGAUUCCAUCCUAAAAAUUCCGAUAACACCAUUGAGCCUUGAAGAGCAAAUUAUUCGUUUGAAGCAAGCUGUCUACGCUGAGAAACAGUACAACGAGGAGUUAGAAGCGAAAAUCACCGAGUUGACAAAGCUUCUUGAAGAAAAAACGAAAGAAUGCGAUGGUUUUCGAUUGAAGUGUAAAUAUCAAGAAAAGGAAAUAUCUCUUUUGCGCGAAAUUGCUAAACACGCGGUGAAAUCAGAUGAUGUUGUGAUAAUGUCAGAUUGCGAGGUAGACGAGGAAAAACCAAGUACAUCUGAGACUCCAAAGAAUACUGGAAAAUCGAUAGGUGUCAUAAGGCACGCUCCUGCUUCCUUAUUUAGGUCGGCUAAUGAUGAUGAUUGCCGUGGAAGAACACCGAACAUGAUUGUUAACAUAGUGAGGGUUUCGAUAUGUAACCUUUGUCCUGAUAAUCAAAAUAUUGUCGAUGUUAAUACGUUGGAGCAGCACUUGCUUGAGAAUCAUGUCGACAAGGAAAAACAGUUGUGUGUUGCUUGUCCUGACGAGAAGACAGACAAAAAUACAGAUAUAAUACGCCAUAUGAAAAAUCAUACAAACAAUGUUUAUGCGUGUACAAAAUGUGGUAAACGCGGUAAAAUAACUUAUUUGCGCUCACAUGUGAGAACCCACACUGGUGAACGUCCCUAUUCGUGUGAAACAUGCAAAAGAGCAUUCUCGGAUUCAUCUACUCUCCGCCGUCACCGGGUUGUUCACACUGGAAUUAAGAAGUAUUUAUGUUCAGUAUGCGGAAAGCCAAUCGCGAGAAGAGACAAUGUCAAAGUUCAUAUAAAAUCCCAUGGAAUAACGCCUGAUGAAAUUAGAGAAAAAGGAGUUGACUUCUUCAUUCGAAACGAGACUGAGUACUAUCCAAAAGAACACGAGAAAAACAAGUAA